GUAUGAUUCUCCUCCUCCACAAGCCUCCUGCAGAGAGAUAGAGUAGAAAAUGUCAUCGAGCUCCCAGCAAGCCAUGCUAAACCAGUGCUUCUUCGAUGAAAAAGAGAUGCCUUGUGCUGUUUCUCAAGUGGAUUUCUUUACUUUUCCUCAAAACCUGUCUUCACCAUAUCCCCCUCCAUUUGCCUCACAUCAGCCUCUCAAACCCUUCGAUAUUGCACUGCCUGAUCUAACACAAACCCUAUUCUAUCCAAAGCAUAGAGUACAAGACCCUGCUUCUGAUUCUGGAGGACCCCAACUCCUUUCCUUGCACAGAUCUACUGCAAAUUUCUGGGCAUGGGGGAACGAGUGCUUGGGAGCCAAGAAAAUCGAUGUAGAAGAUCAUCUAGGCGUAAUGAAAAUGAAGAGGAUAAAAGGAAGAAGAAAGGUAAGGGAGCCUAGGUUUUGCUUCAAGACCAUGAGCGAUGUGGAUGUGCUCGAUGAUGGAUACAAGUGGAGAAAGUACGGCCAGAAAGUGGUAAAGAACACCCAGCAUCCCAGGAGCUACUAUCGUUGUACGCAAGAUAAUUGUAGGGUAAAGAAAAAAGUGGAGAGAUUGGCAGAGGAUCCAAGGAUGGUUAUUACAACCUACGAAGGGAGGCACGCUCAUUCGCCGUCUCCGGAUCUCCAUGACUCGCAUCGCCCAAACUCUCACAUUGACAGUUUAUUCUAGUACCUUAUGUUCAUAUGAUUUUAUACAUUAUUC